AUGAGCCAGCACAAUCUAACAGGACCAGCUGACCUCAUUCUGAGCAUGGUGUCCAGCCUGCCUGAGCUGCAGAUCCCCCUCUUUUGGGUCUUCCUCGUCAUCUAUGCAUGUACACUGGUGGGCAACCUGGGCAUGAUCAUCUUGACCACGCUGGAUGCCCACUUGCACACCGCCAUGUACUUCUUCAUCAGACACCUGGCUUACAUCGAUCUGGGUGAUGCCACUGUGAUUUACCCUAAGAUGCUGGUCAAUUUUGUGAUGCGUCAAAACACCAUUUCCUACCAUGCUUGUGCCACCCAGAUGGUCUUCUUUGUUACGUUCAUCAUCAGUGAACUUUUUAUCCUGUCAGCCAUGGCCUAUGACCGCUACGUGGCCAUCUGCAACCCUCUACUCUACAAUGUCAUCAUGUCCCAGACGCGCUGCCGUGUGUUGGUAGGUGUUCCGUACCUCUACAGCAACUUCAUUGCUCUACUGGUCACUAUUAAGACUUUUAUAUCAACAUUCUGUAGCUCUCACAUCAGUCAUUUCUACUGUGAUGAUGUUCCUGUAUCACUUAUGCUGUGCUCCAAUGGAAGGGACAUAGCACUAAUGAUCAACCUGUUCUCAGCCGUGAAUGUGACCUCCUCCCUCCUGGUCGUACUGUUCUCGUACCUUAUGAUUCUCAUAGCCAUAUGUCGAAUGCGGUCUGCAGAAGGAAGAAAGAAAGCUUUCUCUACUUGCGCGUCUCACCUGACAGUGGUGGUAGUUUUCUAUGGGACUCUCUUCUUCAUGUACGUACAGCCAAAGUCUGCUCAGUCCUCUGAUAUUGACAAGCUGUCCUCUGUGUUUUAUACCCUAGUGAUCCCCAUGCUGAACCCGCUGAUCUACAGUGUCAGGAACAAAGAAGUCAAAAAUGCCUUCUAUAGGGUCUUCAGGAAAAAGUUUAAAGUUUGUUCUUAA